GUGGAUGGGGAGAGUGGGCGGGCAGUUGGAUCGCGAGCAGUUACCGUGUUGGUGUUGGGAUCAGCUGGGCUCGUGCAGACAGGCCGCGGAACCAAACGGGAAAGCGGGCAGCAAGCUCUAAUAAAAGCAAUGAUGGUAUAAGCUGAACUGGGUACUUUGCACAAGCAAGAGAUGGGUGCAAACAGCAGCAGCAUUGCUGAGCUUGCAAAUAACAGUUACCUUCAGCGUCUUGCUGGCACAGAAACCAUCUCUGAAAAUGAUCCGUUCUGGAAUCAACUUCUGUCAUUUUCCUUCACCACACCGACCAACGGUGCCGAUACACAGCUUUUGGAAGAGGCAACACUUCCAAUCUCCAAAUCAUUAAUUGAGAACAAUUCUCGGACAGAGAAUCUACAGGCUCUCGUUAAGAUUUUCCUCAGUAGAACCAACGAAUUAAAGAUCUCAGCUGAAUGCCAAGACCAGCUGUUUAUUUGGCAGGCCCACAAUGCCCUGUUCAUCAUUCGCUGUUUGUUGAAAGUCUUUGUCAGCCAAAUGCCUGAAGAGGAGCUACAGCUUAAUUUUACUUAUCAAGAGAGGGCACCAUUAUCUUAUGGGGCUGAGGCAGAAGAUCUCCUGAAGGAAUUGAUAUGUAAUCUAGUACAUCUCAUUAUCGAAUUACCUUUGUUAGAUAUUACAUAUAGCAUUCUUCUUGAAUCUGUGACCACGCUUUUGGUUCUACUGUCUUACCAACUAUUCCAGAAGGAAAUCAUUCGAGAGAGUUUAAUAUACAAAUGUUUGAUGCAAGGGCAAUGCCUCCAGUAUACUAGCAGAAUUGUAAAAACAUUACUUUACAACUUCAUUAGGCAAGAGAAGUGUCCACCUCCGGGGACUCAGGUUUUUGAGCAGACAUCUGAAGGAAGUGGCUUGCUAUAUGGCUUAGCAUCUGGUGUGGCAUCUGGCCUCUGGACAGUUCUUACCUUGGGAGGAGUUGGGAAUAAGGCAACCCAGCAAGGGGACGUGUCAUCCCCACUGGCAAAUCGAAGUCUCCUGCUGCUGCUUGUUUUAUCUAACCUGAGCAACACACCAGAAAGCCCAAAUCCAUACAGACAGUCGAUAAUGUCCUUCAAGAAUACACAAGAUAAUACUGCCAUUCAGUCACCAAACUCCUACUGCUUCCAGAUAAAUUUCAACAGUUUGUACACAGCACUGUAUGAGCAGCAGAAAUCUGACCAGGCCACUCUUCUGCUGUACACCUUGUUGCAUCAGAACCCGAAUGUGAGAACAUAUGUGUUGGCUCGUACAGAUGUAGAGAAUCUGGUUCUUCCAAUUCUUGAGACUUUGUAUUGCGUUGAAGAGCGGAAUUCUCACCAUGUGUACAUGGCUCUUAUUAUUCUUCUAAUCCUCACUGAGGAAGAUUCAUUCAACCGUUCUGUUCAUGAAGUGAUACUAAAGAAUAUUACUUGGUACGCUGAGCGUGUUCUGACUGAAAUCUCGUUGGGAAGCCUUCUCAUUCUUGUGGUGAUACGAACUGUACAGUACAACAUGACCAGAACCAGGGACAAAUAUCUACAUACAAAUUGCUUGGCAGCAUUAGCCAACAUGUCUGCUCAGUUUCGCUCAUUACAUCAGUAUGCAGCUCAGAGAAUUAUCAGCCUAUUUGCUUUACUAUCGAAAAAGCACAACAAAGUCCUGGAACAAGCCACACAAUCGCUGAGGGGUCCUGUUGGUGCAGAGGAAAGCUCACCAAUACCUGAUUACGCUCAAGACCUCAAUGUAAUCGAAGAGGUGAUCCGAAUGAUGCUGGAGAUCAUAAAUUCCUGCCUUUCCACUUCUCUUCACCACAACCCCAAUCUAGUGUAUGCACUUCUAUACAAACGAGAUCUCUUUGAGCAGUUCCGCACGCACCCUUCCUUCCAGGACGUGAUGCAGAAUCUUGACAUGGUGAUCAGCUUCUUCAGUCUUCGGCUGGAACAGGCAGGCGCAGACCUGUCAGUGGAGCGCGUUCUAGAGGUUAUCAAACAAGGAGCUGUAGCACUGCCCAAAGAUAAAUUGAAGAAAUUCCCAGAACUGAAGUUCAAGUAUGUUGAAGAGGAGCAACCAGAGGAGUUUUUUGUUCCAUAUAUUUGGUCGUUGGCUUAUAACUCGACAGCUGAGUUGUAUUGGAAUCCACAGCAAGUCCAGCUCUUUACGAUGGACUCUGGCUGAGCACCUUUUUUUUGUGAUAAUUGGUUUGGGGGGAGGGGGAAAAGAUAACACAACAGUUGUUCAAUGAGAAGAAGAAACUUUCUUCCAAUUUUUGCGUGGUGCACAUCUGUGUUAGGGACUUAUUUCUUCAGACAGGGAGAAGGGAAUUCAGGAUGCCGUGUAAAUUGGAAGCUGUUAAUCACACCAAAGCACAGCUACACAUGUCUGGAAGGGAAUAAUUAAAACUGAUUGGCUUUUCACCAAAUACUUUUGAUUAUUCAGUAGUAUCAAAAUGAGUCACUUUGUUCACCUUGGGCUGAGGGUAACAAGCCUCUGUGUAAAUGGUACAGUAAACAGUGGGGAAAAGCAGCUCUAAAGAGAGAAACAUCCCAUAGAGUAUAAUACUCACUUUUCUUAAGUAUAUUCAGAAUACUAAUAUCAUUUGGUUAUAUUAAUGUUAAUUAAGAUGUUUUAAAAUUGCAGUCAUUCCUGAUUCCAGGAAAGUUCCUGUAGAUAAGAAUUGAGACGGUGGUAGGAAUUUUUUUGUUGUUGUAUGUUUAGUGACAAUGUUGCAGGCUGUGGACAAAUGAUUUGCAAUGGAGGUAUUGCCCGGCUCUUCUGACUUACCAAACCAGUGAUGGUACUGUGAAUUAACACUUUUCUUUAAAAAACCAUCUUUAUUACAUUUUGAAACAUCAUAUUUAUUAUGCGCACAAUCAUGAGCAAGAUUAGGUUGAUGUCAUUUGAUAAGUAUAUCCCAGUCAGGAUUUCAGAAAUCUAUUCUUAAUUGAAGAAUUUGGCUUAAAAUAAAAGCUUGAUCUCGCUUGAUGACCUAGUGGAUCAAUGCUCCUAACUGGCAUUUUGCAUAGAGCUGGAUAGCCCCAGUUUUGCAUGUUUUCCCAGAAUAGUUUUACUGUAAUUGACUCCAGGUGACUUUGAGAUGAGGUUCGCAGUCUACAUUAUUUGUGCAGUAUCCAACAGCAUGGGAAACAGAGAUGGCAGUUGAUGUCAUCCCAUUGCCAGAUGAUCAGUGACACAGCCCAUAUUCUGGUCUUGUUACAGUCUGUUUGCAUUCAACUAGCACUGGUGGCAUAAUGUUUAGAACCAAAGGGAUGUGUUUCUGUAGCCAGUUAACUCCAUUGCAGAAAUUGUACAGUAAAUGUUUGUUUCAACCAAAAUCUGUGGUGGGAUUUUUGGUUGCUUCAAGUGAGAUAUUAGGAACCAUCUGCCUAUUAAAGUAGAUUCCAUGAUACAAGUUGUGGAAUAGCAGGGAGCUCUCCCACUGUUCUGACCAACAAUCUAACACCCACCAAAAAAUCUUUACUGGCCUUUCAUGAAUCUUCCCGACCCUGCUAUCCCAUCUCCAUCCUGGAAGAGCCUGAAUGUCCUGUUUUAAUGUCGGGGAGGCAGUCAUGGGCUGGAAAGGACCCAUCCCUCUCAAGGCAGACCUAAGGCGGCAAUGGAGGUGUGGGUGAAUGGCAAGGCCAGCAGGCUAGAAAGCCCAUCUCUGCUUACUGGGACAUAGGCCCAGUUGUAAUAAUGACUUUUAGGCUCUCACAGUCCCACCCUACCCCCAUUUCCCCUCCAUGCACUCCAUGUCCCCUUUUAUCCCCUCCAUACCUCCAUGCACCUCCAUCCACCAAGUCCUUUCCAUACCUCUUUCGUUACCCCCAUAUUCAUUGUUACAAUGUCCGCUAUGCACAGAACCAAUAAAUCAUUGGAAAAUCUGGGAAGUCUUUGAAAUGUUCCCGAAGCUGACAACAUAAGCGAAUAUGCUUUGAAAAUUUCCUUGAAGGAACUGCUCAUUUUACAAUCCCAUAAGUUUCAAUCACACACAACCAUUCAUUGCAUCAUUGACAAAAUAGCUUUGCUCCACUUUGCAACUCUUAAUCUUAUGUAACUAAACACACAGGCAUUGAAAAACUCUUCAAAGAAAGAUAAGGUUAUUGCAAGGUAAUAAUGUUAUGAUGCGACAGAUGAUGUGCUCCAGUUGGAUCAAAUCCAUGAGGGAAGCUUAUUGCGCUAUCACAACAGUUCUGCAAUUUAUAUUUAUUUCGAGAUGCAUGCCCUGAAUUCAGAAGUAAUACCAAGACUUUCAGUGAUUUUUUAAAAACUAACUUAGAAUAUUUAUUAACAAAAGACAAGAUUUCAAACACAUACGUAGAACUACAAAUUAGUACUAUAAUAACGCUUAAAAUCCCCAAUUAACCCGGCUCCCAAUUACACCCCCUUUAAGGCAACAGUUCAAAAUAGAUUUUAGAUUUUAAACAGAUCCAGCAAAUUAACACAAUACCCUGGAUGGUGGAAUUCAAAAUGGCUUCCUCCAGCUUCAGUUUCUGCAGACAGCAGGCGUAAUGCACAAAUACUGGAGGCUUCACACCCUCCUGUUAAAUCUUACAAUGCCUUCCCCAGACACAUAGCCUCAUUCUCCUUUUAUAUAUGUUUUUCUCCUUUUUAAUAUGUAAAUUCCAUUUUUUCCAUAUAUCUUUGGAACUUUACCUUUCUCAUAAUAUAAAUCUUUCAUGUUGUCACUAUAUACUGUCAGUAACCCUUGAGAAAAGUAAAUACAUUCUUUCGCUUGCUUGCCUGGCUAUUUGUAAACAGACAGAUCCUUUUGAAAUCCAAAUCCCCCUUCAACUGUCUAAAAAUGCAAAUUUCCUUCACUUUACAUGCUAAGACCCCAAACAUGUUUACUCAUUAGCAUGUUAAAGAAUUUCUACACGUUCCUUCUUUUGAUAACUUCAACUUGCAGUCUGCUUGGCUACAAGAUGUAAUUUAAUCACACACACAGACUGAACAACAAAACCCGCAUAACUCUACUUUAGAGUAAACCAGAAAAAUAUUAUGAAAAUUAUUAUACUCACAUGACAAUGAAGAUGUUAAUCAAACAAAGCUUAGCACUGCCCUGCAAGCUGUGUCAGCAUUGUCUACUGGGCUGAGUCCAUUACCAUUUUUGGAGCUCAGCCAAGCAUUCAUAAGGAGGCUGUCUGGAAAAAUCAGAUGCCUGACCACCUGUUCAAACUGCUUUUGAGGAUACAGUGUAAAGUGAAUUGAAUUUUUCCUUAAUGGUACUUUCACUGCCUGUGAUUGAUUGGUAGCUUCAUGAGAAGGUAAAGGAGGGCAAUGUUUUUCAAAGGGAAAAUUUAAUGGAUUACUUUUUUGGUUCCCCCUGGUGCACUCUUCUGAUGUACCGUAAACUAUGUCUCCUAACUAAACGGGCGCAGCUCCAUCAAAAUUGCAAAGGGUUUGAAAUGUCCAUCCCUCAGAAUGAAGUCGGCAAGGGCAGGAGUACUGCGUGCAGUUGCUACCUGCAUCCUUGUCCCACAGUGGCAAAAAUUGCUGGAUUUGGGAAUGGGGCAGGAAUCCCAGAAUCUGGUCCCACCUGCUCUUUUUAAAGGUCUUUGAACUGUGCCCAACUCCACAAAUAUCUGGGCCAAAGUAAGGAUGUCCUGAGAAUCAUUAUUAAAUGCUAUAUAAAUGCAAGUUCUCACUCUCGCCCAUAGAGCUCUUCAAAAGCAGCUCUUCAAAUGGCUAUUAGCAAACAAGUUAUACCUUCCAAUAUAGACCUGCUAACUGUCCACUAAAUUACUGUUAAUUCUCCUCAAUCCUGUGGUUAUAGAGCACUGUGCUCAUUUGAGCUGCUUUUAUUUGGUUUUUCACCCUGCUGUAGCUAGUAUAUCAUAAAAAUAAACCUCCUAGAUUUUACAACACUGGGAACCUGGUAGAGAACCCACUUCAUGGGGGCCAGAAAACAUAUUGUCCUACAGUGACAAUAGUUCUUGUGAUGUCAUGACACAACAGAGCAGACUUAUCUACUCUGCUUGUUUGCACUGGCCAAAAUGUUACAGCUAAGUUAGCACACAUGUUAAUUGGUAAGCCUCCAUAAUGCAGCCAGUCUAAAGAAAACCAGUAGAAUUUGCUGUUAGCUCUCUACACAGCCUACAUGCAUAUCUAUUUGAACACUUGGGCUGCUGUCCAUUUUCUUUUACCCCUGUGAGAAUAGUACACCUUUGAAUUUGAAAACUUAUACAAGAUUACAUUUUCACAAGAGCAAGCUUAGGAGCCACUUCAUGAGUUUUCAGGCCCAAUGUAUUUAUAAGUGUAGACUUGGUUACAAACGAGCAAAAACUUUGAAAAAUUAAAGCCAAUUGUCAGCAACUAGAGUCGAAGAAAACUCAUUAUGUGCAUAAAGCCAACUGCAUAGCUUAAUCAAAUGGUGAUGGACACACUAGUGCAGUAAUUUGGACUAAAGGCAGGCUAUUUAAAUUGAGCAGGACUGCUAUUCAAUCCAGCUGUCUACGCCAAGUUAUAACCUACUUUGGGUUUGUCUGCCCAUUGUUGAUGUUGACAUUUUAAAUGUAAUUACAUUUAUAAUACAGAUAUUUUACUGUUUAACAAAAAAAAAACUUUUUUUGGUUAAACAGUAAAAUAUCUGUAUUUUAAAGUCAGUAUAACAUGGCAUCACAUUAACACAUUAGGCAUACAUGGUUAACUCUGCCCUGCAGUAACUAGUGGACAUCCAAAUAAUGCCUUAUGUAGCUUCUAUGUCAUAGCAUUAUACAAAGAACAGCACCAAGUUCUCCUAAAGUACUGCCUAACAUUUUCUCAACCAACCAAACAAAAGCAGAUUACCUGGUCAUGUAUCUCAUUGCUGCUUAUAGCAGCAUGCUAUGUGUAAAGCAGUUGCUGUAUUUGACUACUAACAACAACCAGUUCACAUUUCUUAGUAAUUAAUUGUAUGCAAAGUGUUUUGGGACAUUUGAAAGAUGUGCCAUGGUGAUAAAUAAAUGCAAGUGACUAUUUCUAUCA